CCAGAUUUCCCCAAUCCAUGGUUGUAAGCCUCGACAUCAGCUACCGUUGCACCCUGCAAUACAUGUAUUAGAUCGCUUCCAGGCAGUGGCUGCUCUAGAGAAGAGCUGAGAUAUAUUUCUUCUUCCGUUCCUUACCCUUGUUUGGUUUGCGCCUGUGAACCUUGGAUUGCUCAAGACCUCGGACAUCUCUCGCAUCUCGUCCCAUAGCGGAGCUACUCCGCACUCUUGCGUCUAUAGCUUCAGCUCAGCCUGGACCAAUCUGUAGAUCGGUAUUUCUAUUACGCGUAUAUAAGUUGUCGUUGUACCCAUAGACCACUACAUUGCCGUGCAGAUACAAUGGAGGGGGCCAAAGACCGUCUGAAGCAACUCGCGUCGCACUUCACCUCAGCGAACCCUGUCCCCGGACCUCCACCUAUCCAUCCCGGCGACAGCCACGAAUACCAUCACCGACACAACUUCCACACCCUCAGCCCAACAUGGUUUCUCUGGCGCGCGGCGCAAAUCGAGCCCGACGCGACGGCAAUAUACCACAAGACAGCAAACAACAAGAUCCUACGGCGCUCCUACGCUGAAGCUGCGGAUCGCGCACGAGGCCUGGCAUACUAUCUGAGGAAACACGGAUAUAAGAGAGUCGGUAUACUGUCGACAAAUACUCCAGCCUUUUUGGAGAGCACAUUCGGCAUCGCAGCGGCAGGAGGUGUCAAUGUCGCGAUCAAUUAUCGAUUGAAGCACGAUGACAUCAGCUACAUCUUCCAGCACUCGGACGUUGAUAUGAUUAUUGCGGAUGCCGAGUUUGUGGGAUUAUUGGACGAGUACAAGAAAGAGAGACCGAGCAUACCGAUAUUGGUCGAUACUGAUACGGACGCGACCGAAGGCGAGCUCUCAGGCCCUUUCGACGAUGCAGUACUCGAAGGACUGAAGUACGAUAUCGAACAGGGCGGCAAAGGCUGGGCUGAUCUAGAGGCGCAGGCAAAGGACGAGGAGGAUGUCAUGGCACUUGCAUACACCAGUGGGACAACGGCACGACCAAAGGGGGUCGAAUAUACACAUCGCGGCGUCUACCUCGCUGCAAUGGGCAAUGUUAUUGAAUCCGGACUAAACUAUCACACGGGCCGUGCAAAGUAUCUCUGGACUCUUCCCAUGUUCCAUGCCACCGGUUGGACCUUCCCAUGGUCUGUAACUGCCGUGCGAGGAACACACUACUGCCUCCGCAAGAUCGAUUACCCAGAGAUCUGGCGCCUACUCAAGGAAGAAGGUAUCACGCAUUUCAACGCUGCGCCUACUGUCAAUACCCUCCUUUGCGCGGCAAAAGAAGCAGAACGUUUACCUCAAUCAGUGAGAGUGACUGUAGCGGCAAGCCCACCAAGCGCCUGGCUUUUUGAACAGAUGUCAAAUCUGAACUUGAAUCCUGUACACGUCUAUGGCCUUACGGAAACCUACGGUCCAAUCACCAAAGGUUACCAUAUGCCUGAAUGGGAUAUACUUCCGGAGAAAGUCAAAUACGAUCGUAUGGCACGACAGGGUCAUGGUUUCAUCGUCGGCAAAGCGACGCGGGUCAUCAAGACAGAGCAGCCAGAGGGCGUUCUCACCGACGUAGCAAGAAACGGCAAAGAGAUAGGCGAAGUCAUCUUCGAGGGCAACAUCUGCGCGAAAGGAUAUUACAAGGAUGCCGAGGCGACGCGUAAGUUGUGGGAAGGUGGCUGGUUGCAUACGGGCGAUUUGGCGGUUUGGCAUCCAGAUGGCGCGAUCCAAAUUCUGGAUCGGGCGAAGGACAUCAUUAUUAGUGGCGGUGAAAACAUAUCGAGUGUAGCUCUUGAAGCUAUGCUGUCUACUCACCCCUCCAUUCUCGAAGUCGGAGUGUGCGCCGUUCCUGAUUCGCACUGGGGCGAACGACCCAAGGCUUUUGUUACCACGAAAGACGGAACGAACAGCGAAACCCUAGGCCAAGAAGUGAUACAAUGGGCUAAGGAGAAUAGUAAUAUCAGUCGAUUUAUGGUACCCAGAGAGGUUGUGGUUGUGAAAGAGCUGCCUAAGACGAGUACGGGUAAGAUCCAGAAGAACGUUCUUAGGGAGUGGGCGAAGAAGGGUAGUGUAGAGUAGACUUGGUUUAACGGAUAUUUUGUGUCUAUUUGCGAUAUGUGCCACCUGCAUGUACGCGCCGCGCCACAUAUGAGAACAUGCCAAAGCACUAUGAGAAGGAAAGUAACCGAUGUAGGAUGUAUGUUAGAUAUAUAUGGAAGGUCAGUCUUGCGAGAUGAGUGCUAAUUUCAAUACCAC